AUGAAAAGAAAUGAACAUCUUCCACAACGUUCAGUGACUUUACCACCGUUAAACCUGUCACGCAUGGACAGUCGUGGAGAAAUGGAAAAGGGGGGCGAGAGCGAAAAUACGUAUGUACAAACGAAAAAUCCGAAAGCGAUGCAAGCUAUCACGGAAGCUUCCCACACGGUCCUCUUCACAGCGUCUUCACUCCACCGUUCGCUGAGUCGAUGUUUAGGAUGUACCGGGAACGAUAGUCUUCAGGCAGCAUUUUCGGUCAGUUUACAUAAAUCACGCAUCAGUACAGAAAAGCUCAGUCUCUUAUUGGAUUUGGCCGAAAGAAGACGUUCAACGGAUAUCUGUCAGGAUCUUGUACAGGCUACCUCGGCUUGUAUUCAUGUUCUAAAGGAGUUGUGUAGUACUUUACGUACACGUUUAUCGAUCCUCGUGCAAGGGCUUGAUACAAAGUUCUCUCGAAAUUUAUUGAUGCAUCUGUACAGUGCCACUAUUGAUAUGAAGGAUGCUUGGCAAGUGAUACAGCCACACUUGAUAUCACAGGAUACAACAACAGCACAUGCGAAAUCUUUGUUAUUUCGUGAUUCACCAGGUGCUAAUUCACCCAUCCUGUCACCGCUGGCCUCACCCGGAGGUGGUGGCAACAGCAGCAACAGUGGUGGUGGUGGUGGUGGUGUAAUGAAUGGGGGAGAUAACACACAACUUUACAACCAUUUACGAAAUGCAGUCACUGGAUCAUUGCAUGUUUUGAACACACUAUGUCAGACGAUUGAAGAAACCAAGACACAAACUCAGGUUUCGAGUAGUCUGGGCAAGAAAUUAAGCGAAUUAGCCCGACAAGCGCAGAAUACGACGGAACUAUGUCAUCGACUGGAUAAGAAUGUGGAAUCGAAUAUGGGUAAGAAUAAAGAUGAUUUAUUAUUGCUGCCGACGCGCACGGAAUCAAGUCGUAGAAUAUGGGAGGAUACGAGUAUUUAUUUAAAGACGAUUGUGGGCAUCAUGACAUUUAUAAGGUCGAUAUCAAAAGAAGAAGAUUUUGUGUGGCCCAAGUCUGUGAAGCAAGGAUGUCUGUAUGUGACGCGGAUGACAGCGGAAGUAGCCAAAUUAUGGAACCAUGGUAGUACGUUUGCGCAAGACGGAUUUUACCUUGGUCGACCUGAAAGAAGUGCGAGUGUCUCUGAGCAACAUCUUGUGCCCAUGACCUCUCCCGCUUCUGAUAUACCCAUGCAACGUAGAAAUACGCAACAAUAA